AUUACAUUUUAAAAUAAAAAUCAUACAUUAAACUACUAUUUUUAAAAUUUUUUUACAUUUUAGUAAUACUUAUGAAAAACUGAGAGCGGAUAAAUUUGUACAAAUACCUAAAAUAUCAUGAUGCUGGAAAAAUAUUUUAAUGAAUCGAUGCUGAAUGAUGUACACGAAACAGUCAGGGAUGUUUGGAUGAGAACAUUAUUGGAACGUUACAGUGCGCCUGAUCGCAGGUGCCAUGGUUUAGAUGAUCUAAAUGAUUGUUUUCAACAAUUUGAAACAGCUAAAAGCAAUAUAAAAAAUCCCAAUGCAGUCAUUUUAGCUAUAAUAUUUCGAUAUUUUGAAUAUGACCCAAAAAUAGCUGACUGUAGUGAAGCCAAUAUCAAUCAUUUUCGAAAGUUUUCAGAAGAGUCUAAACUCAACAUGGAUACAGUUUUAUGUGAUAAUGUAAUUUUAUUACUAAAAGUCGGUGCCAUUAAUAGUACAGAUGAACAUAAAACUGAAGGGUGUUAUGGAUGUGAAGAUAAACACUACUUUUUAGAUGUAGACAUGGCCAUCCUAGGCAUGGGACCAGCUGAUUAUGAAAAAUAUACAAAUAAUGUUCGUGAGGAAUAUGCUUUUCUUAAUGAUGAAACCUAUAAAGAAUUACGUGUUAAGGUUCUUGAAAGUUUUUUGCAAAUACCAAAUAUUUAUGCAACAAAGUUGUUUAGAGAUAAAUAUGAAUCUGUGGCUAGAAAUAAUAUUCAAAGGGAGAUCAAUUCUCUAAAAUCGGGAACUUUCUAAAAAUAUAACUUAUCCUUAAUAUAUUAUUAUUUCUUUUAAUUUUAUUUUCCCAUUAAAUUGUAUGUGCCGGUCAGGGUGUUAUGUUUUAAAUUAUUUUCCAUAAAAAACACAAAAAUAGAAUCUACUUAAAUGUUUAGUAGGUAUUAUAUAUUUAUAACAAAUAAUUAGUAUAACCAGAUGUCAUUAUAUUAUUUAUUUAUUUUUA